UCCUCCACCAUGAGGUCUUUCACCAUAUGUGUUGUGUUGUUUCUUGCCCUUCUCAUUCAGAUACAUGGAAAGGAUGAUGAUCUUAACCCAGGGUUUGGAAAGAUUGGUUGUAAUUUGUUUGACGGGAAAUGGGUUUAUGAUGAAUCAUAUCCUCUUUAUCAAGCCUCAUCCUGUCCCUUUAUUGAGUCCAAGGAGUUUGAUUGCAUAAAGAAUGGAAGGCCAGACAAAUUCUACCUAAAGUAUAGAUGGCAACCCACAGGGUGCAACUUACCAAAAUUCAAUGGUGCAGAUUUCUUAAACAGAUAUAAAGGGAAGAGUAUCAUGUUUGUGGGAGACUCCUUGAGUUUGAAUCAAUGGCAAUCACUCACUUGCAUGCUCCACACAGCUGUGCCACAAGCUCAAUUUACCUUAGUCCGGGACGGAGGUGUCUCCAUUUUCACCUUCACGGACUAUAAUGUAAAGUUGAUGUUUCAACGCAAUGCAUAUUUGGUGGACAUAGUUGGUGAAAAAAUUGGUAGAGUGAUGAAACUAGAUUUUCUUUAUGAAACGGAAACUUGGAAAGACAAGGAUGUAUUGAUAUUUGACUCUUGGCAUUGGUGGCUUCACUCAGGAAGAAAACAAUCAUGGGAUUUCAUUCAAGAAGGGAAUAAACCAUUAGUCAAAGACAUGGAUCGGUUGGUGUUAUAUGAGAAAGCAUUGAACACAUGGGCAAAAUGGAUUAAUUUUAAUGUUAAUCCUGCCAAAACAAGGGUAUUCUUCCAAGGAGUUUCUCCAGAUCAUGCAAAUGGAAGGGAUUGGGGAGCCCUAGGAGCAAACGCAUCUUGUGUAGGGGAAACAAGGCCAUUUUUUGGAUUGAAGUAUCCAGCAGGUCCACACCCAGCAGAGUUGGUACUAGAGAGAGUGUUGGGAACAGUAAAAAAGCCAGUGACUUUGCUUGACAUUACUACCCUGUCACAGCUGAGGAAAGAUGGCCACCCCUCUUUUUAUGGGUUUGGAGGGCAUUUGGCAAGUGAUUGCAGCCACUGGUGCUUACCUGGUGUUCCUGAUACCUGGAACGAGCUUUUAUAUGCCAGUCUGAUUUAAAGUUAAUUGUUUAUUUAUUCUUGAAAUGUGUCCCUAGCAAAUAUGUAUUAUUUCAA